AUGAAUGAUGGACCUGAAAUACAUGAUGAAAAAGGGAUUGAAUGCAUGAGAGCUUCUGGAAAGCUUGCCGCACAAGUUUUGAAGUUUGCUGGAACACUUGUAAAUCCAGGCAUCACAACUGAUGAGAUAGAUAAAGCGGUGCACCAAAUGAUAAUAGAUAACGGUGCAUACCCGUCACCUCUUGGUUAUUGUGGAUUUCCGAAGAGUGUUUGCACUUCAGUGAAUGAAUGCAUCUGUCACGGAAUACCAGAUUCUCGUCCACUUGAGGAUGGCGAUAUCAUCAACAUCGAUGUGACUGUCUAUCUCAAUGGUUACCAUGGUGAUACAUCUGCUACAUUUCUCUGUGGUGAUGUUGAUGAUGAAGCUAAGAAGUUAGUUCAGGUUAUCUCAGUUCUCGUAACAAAAGAAUCUCUUGACAAGGCUAUUUCAAUCUGUGCUCCAGGUGUGGAGAUCAACCGCAUUGGUAGAACCAUACACUUAUUCCCACCGCAGUUUCUCUGGGCAACUCUGGAGAAGCUGUUUCUGCACAAGCUGCAGCCCAAAAGAACUGGGCGGGUUGAGGUGGUGCAGUACACGGAGGAGCAGAUUAGGAGGGUGGAGGAGUCGAUCCGGAUUCGCCGCGAGGCCGAGCCCGUCGAGCUCGUCCAGGUGAAGAAGCUGCGCAAGGUUUUCGCACGGGAGGAGAAGAGGCGGAAGGAGCUGCCUCUCGAGCUGAAGCUGAGGGUAUCGUAUGAGCUUGUGGGGCGGCUGAACGGCCUAGGGGAUAACGGCAGUGCCAUCCAGCAACGAGAAGCUCUGGAAUCAUGGCGUGUUGAGACUCUAAAAGAAGCAAAAAGUGCAUCUACUCAGAAUUCAUCAAAUUUGGGCCUCUCCAGUGAGGAAGCACGAUUGUUAAAGCGAGCCCUGGAGUUCAACUGGCAUGCGCUGUUGGAGGAUAUUGGUCUUUGGAUUUCACCAGAAAUCCCACACACCGAGCAUGAUGACAAACCUGAGAAUGAACCAGAAGAAGAAGAAAUAAUAGCUGGUCCACCUUUGCAUCCACAAUGCAACACUGAGCUACAUGCCGAUUAUGGUGGCGCUGCUGUGAGAUGGGGCUUAACGCACCACAAAGAAUCUGCUGCUGAUUGUUGUCAAGCAUGUCUAGACCAGGCUAGGAAUGCCAAGCCGGGUGAAUUAAAGUGCAAUAUAUGGGUAUAUUGCCCUUCAGAGUUUGGUUGCUAUUCACCAGAUAAAUAUGAGCAUAAACAUCAGGAGUGCUGGUUGAAACAGGCUGACCAGCCUAAACUGAACUUCAAAGACAAGUAUUCCGAGUCUUACAGAGAUUCUCAUCCGAGAGCCCCCGUUGUUGUGCCCUGGAUGUCGGGUGUCACCAGCGCAUGA